AUGUUGGGUAUCACCAAAGCAUUCUUAUACCUGACCGUACUGCUUGAACUACUUCUGACUUUGCCAUACGCCAAUCGUUUCAAUCUCGAGAAAGCAGGCUUAGAUACUCCUAACAAAUAUAUCUUCAGGCGUAGCGAUGUUUCCUCGCCAAAUAGCCAGUCGACUCAUUCACCCACUUCUAGGACAUCUAUUACUAACUCCUCUGAAUCAGCUUCUGCGUUGGCAUCACAUGCCGCCUCUGUAAACUUUUCUUUUCGUACGACAUUCGAUCAACUAAAAAAUGAACAGAAACAAUUAAAGACACUUGGGAAUCCACCAAUUUCUGAAUCCCAGCCUAAUGCUGGCUGCGUGUCUUCAUCCGAAGCUCUGACUUCUUCUUACGAGCAAUGUAGAAUGGCGAAUCUUCGGUUUUUUCGACUUGAAGAAGUCUACACUCCUGAGACUGAUUUGACUCUAGAUGAACUGCGAGCCUACCAGCUUUGCAUCAAAACUGUAUCAGAUCAAGCAACCGUGGCAGAUGACAAUUCAGCUGAGAUAUGCCCACCUUUUGAGCUUAAUUCAGUGCCUCUUCAAGCACCG